AUGAGUAGUACAAGCAAUACCAAAACUCCAAAGAAGCACGCAAACAAUUCAAACUCAACAACCCUAGAAAUUAAUUGCUAUGAAGGAGAACGUCUAACCAAUCUGCUCCAAUCAAUCCUUAGGGGAAUUGAAUCCACAAGACAUUUAGAUGGAAGUUCCUUGCCAGAAAAGAUAUGGAUUAAGCAACAAUUUGCUAUAGGGGUCAAUGACGUAACUCGCGUCCUUGAGCGUAUGAAGCCGUGUGCCGAGUUUGAAAAGUCAGCUCAACUCCUCCCUUCAAUCACAAGCAAUUAUAAAACAUCUUCAGUUAAACUUCAGGCUGUGCUUGUAGCUUCUGACUGUAACCCGCGUUGGCUAACAAAGCAUCUGCAAAGUUUGGCUGCAUCAAGGAGCGUGCCUCUGAUCUUUGUUAAGGAUAAUAAAGAAGGUUCUUUGAGAUUAGGUGAACUUGUUAAAUUGAAAACUGCCAUUGCUAUUGGAAUUAAGAUUAAAGGAAAUGUUAUUAAUAAAAUUCUUGAGGAUAUCAUUCAAGCCGAUGAAUAUAGGCUCCGACCUGAUAGACCAAAUUCAGCUGGAAUAUUUGACGAGUUUCAAGGUCCUGAUAAAAAGGGAAAUGCUGUCACAAAUAUAAUCUAA